ACUCGGAUGUGGCCUGGUGGACCAGCUUCCACUCAGUAGCCCACUGAUGUCACAGCAGAAGCAGCAAUCCUGGGAGCCCCCUAUUGCUCCCAAAUGCUCACUUCCCCAGCGCCCAAACCCCUCCCUGGCUGCCUGCUCUGCUCCUUGCCAUGGUCCCUGUUCAGGAGGCUGUGAUUCUGGUUCCCAAAAGCCUGGGGAGCAGAGAGCCAGCAGCUCUCGGAAGGCUCACCGCAAGAAGCCCUGCUGCCUCAGUGGUGGCACAGUCUACCACAUCAAAGAGGAGGAAUGCUGAGUUAGGGCUGGGAAACACUUCCUGGUCCCCAUAAGCUGCAUUCCUGCUUCUGUGUUCCAUCCACCCCUUCAGCUCAACAACAAUGUAGAGUCAGAGCCCUGGCUGCCGUGA